UACAAUGUGACUUCAUCAUAGUCCUGCCAACUCCAAUGUCUUCCAGGACCUCCGAUGUCAACUUGGUAGCAAAAUUCCUUGCUCAUCCACAAGUCUCUUUCAUCUCAGCCACGGAGCCAGUGGACUGCAUCGUCAUAUGUGCUUCUGCAGUACUUCACCAAGCCACAGCUCUCUUUCGUGCCUUGGAAUCUCGACCUGACUUAACCAAGACUUUGGCUCUCUGUGGUGGUAUUGGACAUUCCACUCCUCUCAUCUAUGCCGCGGUUUCGAAACAUCCAGCCUACCAUGAGCUCACUACAGCUGUCCAAGGAAAGCCCGAAGCUCGGGUUCUAGAAGCCAUACUCAAAAGGCAUUUCGAUGUAGACAAGAUUACUAGUCAAGGCUGUCGGAUUCUAGUUGAGGAUGAGAGUACCAAUUGUGGUGCGAAUGCAUCCAAGACGAAAGAACUGCUCUUAAGGGAAGGGAUCCCAAUCCCAAGCACGAUGGUAGUGGUGCAAGACCCGACGAUGGCGCUCAGGACCGUAGCUGCUUUCGAGAAGGUCUUUGAGGACGAGAUUUCUGUAGGACGACUAGUGGUGAAGAGUGCACCGAUAUUCGUUCCGAGAAUGAAAGAUGACGGUGAGGGGAGGACAACACGGGAUGUUGAUGGCAUCGAGGCAGAGGAGCUUUGGGAUGUGGACCGAUUUUAUGAUUUAAUUAUAGGAGAGAUACCACGACUAAGAGACGACAUUAAUGGCUAUGGGCCGAAAGGGAAGGGCUUCAUCGUGCAUGUGGAUGUUCCUGCGGAGAUCGAGGAAGCAUGGAGCAGGCUAAGAGAGAAAUUUGGUGGGAGUCGGUGACGAUUGCGGAGCGCCUCGAUGUAUCGUUUUCAAGGAUAUAGUCGGUCAUGGUGGACAGAUGAGCUAUGGGCUCCAAGCUUUUGGCACCUUCGAAGUGGAUCUGAAAUGCAAUCUGCUGGUUCUGGUGGAGGGAGAGGGAGAUCAAUUUUAGCCAUUCAGCGACGUUCAGGCUGAUGGACAUGUGACUUACAGUAUGAUUAACGACUUGCAAUUUUGCAGGAGACGUGGGGGCCGGAUCCUCAUUCCACAACGAUACCCCUUUCGAGUCAACAACCUCAAUUUUAGCUCAAGUACAGUCAAGGAAACGACAUCGCCAAGUCCUCGGAUAUUUGAAAUGACGCAUUCUUCUGGUCUACCUAGAAGGUAAAUGCUGGGUUUUGGGAGCCGCUAGGGGUGGACUUCAAGUACUGAGCGAAUUUUAGACUGUUAGCUAAGGGUCAAUUGAUAGGGAUCCGAAUUCGUUGACGAUUACGAGGUUAUCAUUUUAGAAAAAUCGUCCCCCGUGCUGUAGGAGCAAACGUGCCUUCUCCAUUGAGGUAUGAUUCAGAGGUACUGAGACUAUACAGCCAAAGGAAGUCAUUUCUACUGUACGCCUUGCUCGAAGCAAGAGGUACCUCAAUUUAUUUCGCAGCUUCAAGUUUCUACUACCGAUUACCCAAACUCACUCAACGGAUCCAAUAUGCUGCAGUUUCAAAGGGAUGAUACCCGAUAUUCGGUCACACAUGAUUUCUGCUUCUGAUCCUCAAAACCGAGGAGGCUGGUGCAGGUGGGCGUCGUUAUUCUUGUCCUCCAAUGUCGGGCGUUCAGGAACACUUUGAAGCCCGAGGCUGGCAUCUCAGAAACCUCCCUGGGGCCGAGUCAUUCAUAUGGGCGGUGUACGAACAACCUUUCCCUAUUUCCCCUCAAGCUCAUACUCAAAAGCUAAGAGACCACACCUGAUGAGGUUCGUCUAAGAUGCUCCCUCCAAACUUUCGAUCAUUAUUUUACAGUUUUGCACGCGAUAUCAGAUUCCUAUCUCAAGUGCGUGGUGAAACGAAACAUCAGUCAUCUCUCCUGCGGACCUCUGCCUAGAUCUCAGCCGGGCGCGACGUUGGCAAGAACUCUGAUCAGGCUGUGAGUUGCCAGCAAAGAGUAUUGGGCAUCACGGCAUUGAAGCCAAGCUGGCUUAUGAACCUUGUGACACCCUCCUGCGAAAAAAGGUACGACUUUGGUGCCGUCUGACUGCCUUGCAAAAUGCCUCAAUAUUCUCAUGCAAUUCAGCAAGUGUGCCAGCCAUGGGAUUUCCUGCCGAGAAAACAAUCGAGAUGUCAACUCGGUCGGUGUAGGACUUCAAGCCGUGACUGGUCACACCGCAAAACCGUUGAAGAGCCAGAGCCUGGUUCUUUCGGCACGAUGUGGUCUCGGUGGUGUGGGAGACUCACGACCUGGGCGAGAAAUUGCGAACCACGCUUGCCAGCGUGCUCGACUGGGUGGAACGUGGGUUACGACUCUUACGAGUCCGAAUCCUUCGUGCUGUCGAAUAACAGCCAUCCAGAAAAGUGAGGCGGACAAGCGGGUUUGCCUCACUUCUUUAGCGGUACAUCCGGAGCGAACCGCAAGGAGAGGCCAAGCACGAGUUGCAAAGCUGAUUCGUCGCUUCACUGUGGGAAGCUUGAUGUUCUGGCUUUCGAUGCAUGGAACCCAUGGCCCAUGGCUUCUUCGUUGCGCUGUGGGUGGUGCGUCAAAGUCGUGUUCCCAGCAUCACACAUGCACAUUUCGCCCGACGAGGGUGUCUACAAGUAGUUGGGAAAUAAUCGCUGGGUGGCUGCCUGGGAGCUGCAAUUGUGAUAGGCUCUAGUGCGCGUGCAGCGUGCUGGCACUGGCCAUUCAGAGGGCAUUCAGGCUUGACACGCUGUACAUCGAGCCACUAAAAUUCCCCGACAGGGCACUGUGACUUGGAUCGCGACCACUAAGAUCACUGUUCGCACUCCACUGCGUCCUCUAAUCCAGGACUCUGAUUAGUCCAACCCGCCAAAAAAGCAAUGCAAUUGGCCCCGGCCAAGCUUAAACUGUCGGACAGAAACAUCACAGCUUCCACUUCGUCAUCCAUCCAUCUCACCCACCCUACAGUACAGCCAACAUCUUGCUAAAGCCCUCAUCAUUCCAGAUUGGGUCCGAUAGCUGGCAGAGCCCCAUGCCAUGCAUCCCGCUUCUUGAGCAAUACAUAGUUUGUCGUUCCUCCCUGACCAUCCUUCCUUUCGCCUUACUUUCACGAAUCGCCAGCACCUGCCAGCGCUCAUCAUUACUCCCUCUAAAACACCACCACGAACGAACCUAUCUCCACUCUCUUUGUUUACGGAAGAAAGCUGUCCAUCUGUGAGUUUGCAGAUCCCAAUGGAUCAUCAAUCUGCUACUGUCUAGCAUGGAGUGGUCUGUUUACUGACAGUGAGGCUGCAGACUCUACCGCCUCGAAACCAUUACGACUCUGACCCAAGCACAACCAGUCCCUCGAGAUGUCUUCGAAUCUAAGAGUCGAUACCUCUGUGGACUAUGAGCAAGAUGAAUUCGAUCCGGAGCAACGAAGACAACGACUUCUGGCCCAGCGGGCCGAAAUGGAUAGGCAAAGAGCACAGCUCGAUGCCGAACUUGCUUCUCUUCAACCGUCUACUUCUCAAUCCUCCUACCAGCACCAUCACCGGUCUCCCAUAUACAAGCAGAGCCAACAGCGUCGAAGCAGCAAUGUGCCACGAAGCAUGUCCAGCAAUGGAGUCACUGCCAUGUCUAGGCAUCUCUCCUCUG